AAAGGAAAGCAACGGACGGACGCCGCCGGACGCUCCCCUCGCUCUCCCAUCACCACCACACAUCCGCGCCGCACUUUCACCCUAGCUCCUCACUCCACUCUCCCCCCCCCCUCCCGAUCCACACCCACAGCCUACAUGGCGCACUACUACUCGGGCGGCGCCGGCGGCAAGCUGUCGGCGGUGGACGCCAUCCUGGCGGAGGCGGCGGACCUGGUGGCGCUCGAGCAGAUCGCCAAGCUCAACACGGCCCACCUCGCCGACGACUCCGCGCUCCCGUCCACCCUCGAGGCCCGCUUCCGCAAGCUCAAGUCCCUACCCUCGGCCGCAGCGCCACCGCCACCCGUCAGGACCCUCACCCGCAGCGUCACCGCACCGGGGCCCGCCGCCGCUCUCCCCGACCCCAACCCUCCCGCUCCGGCUCCGCCUGAGCAUCACCUGGCCCCCGCGGUCCACGAAGAUCCUCCUCCGCCGCCGCCGCUGCCGGGAGACGCGGAGACGAAGUGCGGCGGGUCCUCGCCGCGUGAGGCUCGUGACCCGGCCCCCGCACCCGCGGUCCACGACGCCGACGCCGAAGACGGCGCCGACGACCUGGAGCGGCUGUUCGGGUCAGGGCCGCGGGGGCGGCCGACGCUGCGGGAGCGGAACCGGGGGAGGGAUUCCUCCUCCUCCGCUUCCCCCUCGCCGCCGCCGCAGCGCCAGGCGUGCUGCUUCGGCUUCUCCCCCAAGAAGCCGCUGGAGAGGACGCCAUCGUCCAAGGCCACGAAGAAGGUCCACCACGGGUCCGGCGACGUCCUCGGCGUCGACGCCGACGAGUGGGGCGACGAGAACAGGAGGAUGGCCACCGAGCUCAGGGAGCAGCAGCGCAGGCUCAGGAAGGCGCUGGAGGAUCAGGUGCAGGUCAGCAGGGAGACCGCCAAGAUGGCGCGCUGGGUCAAGCAGGCGUCCGCGCGCAUGACCCAUGUCGAGGCCAUUGACGAUUUGCUCAGUGACUGCGAGGACGAUGAGGAGCUCAAAUGAGAUCACGCCGCGCCGACGCCGCUGGUUUUGCCUGUCGUGCUCGCUGGUUGUUCCACCGUCUUGAUGAUGAUCACAAAUCUGUCAAAAUUUCUUAUAUGUUUAUUAGUUCUAUAUAGAAGAAACAUAUUAUUAGGAUCAAGCAAAAUGUAUGAACUGAUCGUGUAUGUAAGGAUUCGGUGAGUGUUGGUAUAGGAAUGGAGAACCUGCUAUUAUGAAAAAGAUUUGAUCAUGUGUUUCCUGUAUAGAUUAUGCACGAUGAAGCCCAUAAUAACAGGAAGAAGCCCAUAAUUCAGUAUCCAUGAGACAA